AUGUGUGUCUCAUCCUUCACCACGGACCCGCACCCCGUCACCACCAACGUGGGCAUCGGCCAGUGCGCCGGCACAGCCGGCGCCGGCGCCGAGAUCUACGCCCACGCGCCGCACAGGACGCUCUUGCCGGCCAACCUAGCCGCCGCCGUCGAGGGCGGCGACGACCCGGCCGCCUCGUUCGACCUGCUCUUCGCCACCGGCAGGGGCGACUACUCGCCCUGCGAGGACAUGCAGAUGGUGCUGCUCGAGUUCGUCGCCGACCCGCUCGGGCGGGCCACCGCGCUGCGGCAUCUGAGGGAGGAGAUCUGA